AGGAAGUGAGAGGUGAACUCAGUCUGGGCCUGGCUGGGUGAGACCCUCCGUCACCCACUCUCCUGGACCACUGACGGCCAUGGCCGUGGCCCAGCAGCUGCGGUCUGAGAGCGACUUUGAACAGCUUCCUGAUGAUGUCGCAGUCUCAGCCAACAUCGCGGACAUCGAGGAGAAGAGGGGCUUCACCAGCCACUUUGUGUUCGUCAUUGAGGUGAAGACGAAAGGGGGAUCCAAGUACCUCAUCUACCGCCGCUACCGCCAGUUCUACGCCUUGCAGAGCAAGCUGGAGGAGCGGUACGGACCGGAGGGCAGGACCGGCCCCUUCCCCUGCAGCCUGCCGGCCCUCCCAGCCAAGGUCUACAUGGGUGUGAAACAGGAGAUCGCGGAGAUGCGCAUACCGGCCCUCAACGCUUACAUGAAGGCCCUCCUGAGCCUGCCCAUCUGGGUGCUGAUGGACGAAGACGUCCGCAUCUUCUUCUACCAGUCGACCUACGACACCGAGCAGGUGCCGCAGGCGCUCCGCAGGCUGCGCCCCCGCACCAGGAAGGUCAAGAGUGAGUCCCCACAAGGUGCUGGCUUAGAUCGCUUGGCAGCUCCGAGAGCAGAGGCCCUGUUUGACUUCACUGGGAACAGCAAGCUGGAGCUGAAUUUCAAAGCCGGAGAUGUGAUCUUCCUUCUCAGUCGGAUCAACAAAGACUGGCUGGAGGGCACUGUCCGGGGAGCCACAGGCAUCUUCCCACUGUCCUUCGUGAAGAUCCUAAAGGACUUCCCGGAGGAAGAUGACCCCACCAACUGGCUACGCUGCUAUUACUAUGAGGACACCAUCAGCACCAUCAAGGACAUCGCAGUGGAGGAAGACCUCAGUAGCACUCCACUGUUAAGGGACCUGCUGGAGCUCAUGAGGCGGGAGUUCCAGAAGGAGGACAUCGCCCUAAAUUACAGAGAUGCUGAUGGGGACCUGGUUCGGCUGAUCUCGGAUGAAGAUGUGAGGCUCAUGGUGAGGCAGGCCGAGCCUCUGCCUUCCCAGAAGCGCCUCUUCCCCUGGAAGCUACACAUCACCCAGAAGGACGACUACAAGGUCUACAACACAGUCCCCUGAGCUGAUGGUGUCCCUGGGGCAGUGAGGGGACAC